CGAAGAUGGAAAGCUGUUCAUGACCCGGUGUGCUGCUGUGUUUUGUUCUCCUUCAAUCCCCCUUUUCAUCUCAUCUUAGUCAUACUGAAUAGAUAAUCCUGUGAGGGCAGGCUGUCGGUAGAAUCUACCCCACACUCCUUGCUGGAUAAAAGAACGAGCAAAGCUGUGCCCGGUACGCACAGGCAUAGACGAUCUUGUAUUGCGCACGACGACGCACAAGGAGACGUGUGUGUGUGUGUGUGUGUGUGUGUGUGUGUGUGCGCCCUAGCGAUCGCCGCUGAACUUCUCCACCUCUCACAGACUCUAGGGCCAUUUGGAUAUCGCUGCAGUUGCCUGCGAUAAGGCUGCCCGUGCACAACCACACGCGCAGCAGCAGGACGAUUUGGAUGUAAACAGCCAACAAGUGGAAUUGGUAAUGUGCUCUUUCACUGGGACCCUGAACUGUGCUGAUACGUUUGGUUUGGUCAUUUCGGUUUAAUGUGACGGGAUACAGCGCGUUAAUAAUCCGCUCAGCUGACAUAUGGUCUGUAGGCGCACAUUUGAAGCUAUCGACUCGCUGAGUCUCCACAGCGCGUCCUCGGAGGGGCUGGAGUGGACAGAGUCGGGGACGCUGAGGAAUGCGGAGCCAGGGUUUUGUCUUUUCCAGCUCACCUGCGGAAUUCUUCGCAGCGCACACCAAACCGACCGACGCAGCCGGUGAGCCCGCGGAGCGCCAUGCUGAGGCAGAUCCUCCUCAACUCUACCAACACCCCAGACUUCGAUCUGGUGCUCAUGGCCCAGUCCUCCACGCACGCCCCCUCUUCCCUAAACGCCUCCCACGGCGGCUCGGUCAGCGUGGCCGCUCUUCUGAGACCCACCACGGGGCGAGGGGGAGGAGGGCUCCGGGAGGGCGAGCUGCACAAACCGGACCUGAUCACAUACAUAGUCAUGUGCCUACUUCUCUUCCUGCUGGUGCUGCUCAUUGUGUUCUUCAUCAACUGUCAGCUCCGGAACUCUUUCUUCGCCUCCAUGCCAUAUGAUAGGUCGCUGAGAGAGGCCCGGACCUCCUACAAGUAGGGCAUCAGGACAAAUCUCUGAGACUCUGGCUCUCUAGUGAAACUGCUGUGUGGAUUUCAGUGACUGACUGGUCAACCACCCCUGAACUGCUGCUACACGGACAUAUGAAGUUGUUGAAGUUUAUGUGUUGUGUUGGAGGCAUUUGAAGGCCUAAAUAUCCUGGAAUUGUUAAUAAAACCUAAGAUG